AGUAGCAGUAGUAGUAGUAGUAGUAAUAGCAGUAGUAGUAGUAAUAGCAGUAGUAGCAGUAGUAGUAGUAGUAGCAGUAGUAAUAGCAGCAGUAGUAGUAGCAGCAGUAGUAAUAGCAGCAGUAGUAGUAGCAGUAGUAGUAAUAGCAGCAGUAGCAGCAGUAGUAGUAGUAGCAGUAAUAGCAGUAGUAGUAGCAGUAGUAGUAAUAGCAGUAGUAGUAGUAGCAGUAGUAGUAAUAGCAGUAGUAGUAGUAAUAGCAGUAGUAGUAGUAGCAGUAGUAGUAGUAGUAGCAGUAGUAGUAGUAAUAGCAGCAGUAGUAGUAGCAGUAGUAGUAAUAGCAGCAGUAGUAGUAGCAGUAGUAGUAAUAGCAGCAGUAGCAGCAGUAGUAGUAGUAGCAGUAGUAGUAAUAGCAGUAGUAGUAGCAGUAGUAGUAAUAGCAGUAGUAGUAGUAGCAGUAGUAGUAAUAGCAGUAGUAGUAGUAGCAGUAGUAGCAGUAGUAAUAGCAGCAGUAGUAGUAGCAGUAGUAGUAAUAGCAGCAGUAGUAGUAGCAGUAGUAGUAAUAGCAGCAGUAGCAGCAGUAGUAGUAGUAAUAGUAGCAGUAGUAGUAGUAAUAGCAGCAGUAGUAUAAUAAGCAGCAGUAGUAAUAAUAGCAGCAGUAGUAAUAGCAGUAGUAGUAAUAGCAGCAGUAGUAGUAAUAGCAGCAGUAGCAGUAAUAGCAGCAGUAGUAGUAGCAGUAGUAGUAGUAGCAGUAGUAGUAGCAGUAGUAGUAAUAGCAGUAGUAGUAAUAGCAGUAGUAGUAGUAGCAGUAGUAGUAAUAGCAGUAGUAGUAAUAGCAGCAGUAGUAAUAAUAGCAGCAGUAGUAGUAAUAGCAGUAGUAGUAAUAGCAGCAGUAGUAGUAGCAGUAGUAGUAGUAGCAGUAGUAGUAGCAGUAGUAGUAAUAGCAGUAGUAGUAGUAGCAGUAGUAGUAAUAGCAGUAGUAAUAGCAGUAGUAGUAAUAGCAGCAGUAGUAGCAGUAGUAGUAAUAGCAGUAGUAGUAAUAGCAGUAGUAGUAGUAGCAGUAGUAGUAGUAGCAGUAGUAGUAAUAGCAGUAGUAGUAAUAGCAGUAGUAGUAGUAAUAGCAGCAGUAGUAGUAGCAGUAGUAGUAGUAGCAGUAGUAAUAGCAGCACAGUAGUAGUAGUAGCAGUGGAUAGUAAUAGCAGCAGUAGUAGUAGUAUUAGUAGUAAUGGUAGUAGUUGCAGUAUAGUAGUAGUAGUAGUAAAUAGCAACAGUAGUAGUAAUGGCAGCAGUAGUAGCAGUAUCCCUCGCCCUGACGACAGACCCUCAGCAGCCCCAGGAUGUGAUGCCACAUCAAGGCCCGAGUGUGGCCUAUCCCCCGAACACACCGGCCUCCCACCAUCCACACCCCAGCAGCUAGUAUGUGUCAGGGGUGGUCAUUAG